AACAAUAAGACCCCCUACAGUAGUAGAGAUCUAAUAUUGGCACCAGAAGCAGCUGGCAGGCUGUCUCCUGUAAUUUUAGAGCCCACUGAUGCGGAGGAAAGAUUUAAUGGGCAUUGGUCAGCGUCCCCUCUUGUGAAGGCGUAAGGGAAACCGACAGAGCGAGCAGAGAGGGAGGGCAGCAGAGGGAGAGGACGGCUGGGAGAGAAGGAGAGGAAGACGGCAGAGUUCUCUAAGGCUGCCGAGGCUCGGAGAGAAAAGUCAGGAAACUAUCUGAGCCAGCAUGACUCUGUUAACACUGGGACUCUAUCUGCCACUCUGGGUUUCCUGUUGCCUGGCUCAGUCCUCCUUUCUGGACAGCUUCCUUUUAUUCCCAGCAGCGUCCAGACCCCAAGAGGAACAGAAGAAGUUCAGCCCAUGCUGUCUACUAGGUCCACCUCCACCACCGCUGUUCCCUCCACCCCCUUCGCUUUGGCGCCGCCACACACCAACUGAAGGGCCGCCACGUCAUGAUGGUGAGUCUGAGUUGGGCCAUGGCUGUGCUCGAGGCCCUCCUGGGCCUGCUGGACCGCUUGGACCUCAGGGUCCACCUGGAUUACCUGGAAUAAAAGGGCCUAAAGGAGAAAAAGGAGAAAUCGGAAGACCUGGGCAAAAGGGUCGCUCAGGACCUCCUGGUCCCCCUGGAAAGCCAGGAAUGCCGGGUUGGCCAGGACCAAAUGGAGCCAAAGGUGAGAAGGGUGACCAGGGUUUGAUGGGUUUACCUGGAGCCAGAGGGUCGUUUGGGCCGAGGGGUUUACCAGGGUAUAAAGGAGAAAAGGGUUCCCGAGGUGAGCGGGGUGAAGCUGGACUUAAAGGAGACAAAGGGGCAAUGGGUUUCCCAGGAAUGCUUGGACAAAAAGGCGAAAUGGGUCCAAAAGGAGAACCCGGGACCCCAGGAAACAGAGGGCCCACGGGCCGACCAGGGAAGAGGGGGAAGCAGGGAGUGAAAGGAGACCAAGGAAGAGUUGGUCCAAUGGGACCUGCAGGCCCACAGGGAUCUCCUGGCCACCCUGGACCUCCAGGCUUACCUGCAACAGGACUGUACAUGGUUGGAUCAAAAGGUUCAAGAGGACCACCAGGGCCUCCUGGAAAGUGUAGCUGCAGCUCUCUCAGUGGUUCUCCGUAUGACGAUUUUGCCACCGCAGCAAACGUCCCCAAAGUACCUGCGAUAUUUGUGGUGAGCAACGAGGAAGAACUGGAGCGUCUUCAGACUGAUAACGCUCUCGCAUUCCGAAAAGACCAGAGAUCUCUUUAUUUCAAAGACGUUAACGGCUGGCUGCCCAUCCAGGUUUUUCCAUUCCAGAUGACGCCCUUCCAGUCUAUGGAAAAUGCYCCCGAUGACGACGGCUACUGCGGUGACGGGAUCGUGCAGAUCUCCAACGGGGAGGAGUGUGACGACCGAAACCGAGUCGUCACUGACGGCUGUGUCAAGUGUAAACAUGCCUACUGCGGGGACGGGUACCGCUACGAAGGCGCAGAGGAGUGUGACGGAAAAGACUUUGGAUAUCAGACAUGUAAUUCAUAUCUUCCUGGGUCUUAUGGUUUCCUCAAGUGCACAUCAUACUGUGUUAUUGACUCCACAAACUGCAAGUACUUCACUUGACGCGGAGCUGAAAGGUGCGGCUGAAUCCCUCUGUGUGGUGUUUGAUUGACACACGAUAGGAAUAUUUUUAUUUUAAAAAAAAGAGGGGUGGGGGGGACAAAAACACACCAAGCAAAAGACUCUGAAGGAUGAAUAAUAAUAAAAAAAAUGGCCGAGAAAACAAAACUCCUGUAUGUACAUGUACACACACACACACAUAACUCUUCUGGUUUUCUGCCGAGAUGCCUCCCUGUCAGUGACGGUCAGGGACGUUGAAACGCCACACACUGGAAACACAAGAUGACUGCGCUCUGUCUUAACGGACAGCAUUUCGACAGGCCGUCUCACCACCACGGACUGGAACCAACGUCUGCAACAGCUGCGGCAGCCGUGCAGUUUUAAUUGAUGUGCAAUAUAUUGCAAAAAAAUAAUAAUUAAUAAAGGACCCAGUUACUGUCGAGAAAGAAGUGCAGUGGAACAUCUCUAGUUAUCCUGCUGCGGCAUGACUGACGGUGAACAGCGCGUGCAUGAAGCUGAGAUGGCGAAUGACAGCCGCUUUAUCGUUUGUUGUAUCAAAAAGUUUUCUUACUGUGCUCUCAGCGUCAUAUCAAGAGGUUCUGAUGUAAAACUAGACGUGCAAUCUUUAAACGAGACUGUUACUGUAAAUACAGAAGCCUUCCUGGUUCGAAAUGUUCACAAGGUGGCUUGUAGUCUAUAUAUAAAACUUAACAGGUACAUUCAGUCUGGACAUAAUUUCAGAAGUCCAAAAAACUUCUCAGGAACUGACGGCUAACACGGCUUAAGUCAGCACCUUUUUUUUUCACAUAUGCCUCACGACUGUUCAUGUAAAAGAUUUUUAAAAAAUGGAAUGGCUCUGACUGUACGCCGWGGCACCACGAGUGAUUCAAACAAAAGCUUUAACACGUGUCCUUCCAUGUGCUUUAAAGAUCAAAUGAAAUAUGUGAAGGCUGGGAACUGUUAACGCUCUUAACUUCCUCGUUGCACAGAAAACAGCUGGACCUUUCUGUAGCUGCUAGAAGKGGGGGGAGGAAAUAAAAAAUUCCAGUCUGUUCAAAGGUCAUUACUGUAUUUAAUACCUCUUUACUCAGUCUUUCUGUCUUAUUAAUCAACAGAGAAACUCAUCGGUAUCCUUAACAGUGUAGAUGUAGUCUGCUGUGAGCUGAAAAUGACUGUGCCGAAAUAAGCUGACAUUGUUUUUGUUUUUCUCCAUAAGCUAACGUAUAAAUUGCAGUGCCAAGGAAGAUCUUUUCUUUAUUUUUUUAUGUCUAUCCAAAAAAAUAAUAAUAAUAAGAUGCUUUUAAACCAGGAAAUAAAAGCCUGGGGAUGUGUUGUGUCUGCAUGUUUGUGAGGACCUGCUGAAAACAACAAAAAGGGUGCGUAAAUCUUCCAGAUUUUGUAAAUCAUCGCUGCCUCGUCAGCAUAGCAGGUGUCUUAAAACGAGCUGUGUCCAGAGUGUAGCUGAGUCCUGURCGUGUGAUUAAACCCUUCUCGUGAUGAACCGUGCCAUGCACAAAGCUGAAACACUGUUAGAACGUCUGUGUUGGAUGUCGUCCGUGCCGCUCUGCCGAAUCGAAUGCUGUGUUUAUGCACAACGAUGCUGAAAYGUGCAUGUGUUAACGUACUGUAUGUAAGGCUUUAUGAAGUAUGUUAUGCACUGUGAUUAGGAUGGUAAACAAUUGUCGUUUCAUUACUCUGAUAUGAUUUUUACUGUAGUUGUGGACAACUUAAAAAUAAAGGUGAAUAAAAUUCGAUUUUCAGUUA